UAAUGAAGCAGAACAACGAGAACAAUUAUGUGAGAGUGUCAUAUAAUAACUUUAUGACCACACGUAAUCGAUAGUUUGGAAAUGAACUAACAAAUUUUUAACGAAUACCUACUCGUUCUGCUUCACAAUUCAUAUGUUCAAAGCCCCUUCUUAAAAUGGAAGAGGAAACUAUGCCUCCAGAAUUGGUCAAUCCAUAUGUAGGUGAUAUAUUUGAAUACUUAUGUGUCAAUUAACAUAAGUUCAUGUGUUAGACUCCAUUUUAUAUGAAUUUAUAAUUGGAUAUAACUAAUCAGAUGCGUUCAAUAUUAAUAGAUUGGUUAGUGGAUGUACAUCUCAAAUUUAAGUUACAACCAGAAACUCUUUAUUUAACAAUAAAUCUAAUCGAUCGCUAUUUGUCAAAGAAUACUAUAAUGCGAAAUAAACUAUAAUUGGUUGGGAUUGCAUCUUUAUUCAUAUCAUCUAAAUUUGAAGAAAUCUAUGCACCUGAAUUAAAGGAUUUUGUGCAUGUUUGUGAUAAUGCCUACACUAAAGAAGAAAUCUUAGGUAUUUGUACAUCCAUAUAUAAAUAGAAAUGGAAAGUAAAAUUCUAUUGACUGUCUAAUUCAAUUUGACUUACACUUCACCAUUAAAAUUUUUAGAACGAUAGAUUUAAGGAGCCUAACUUUGUGAUAAAAUCAAUUAUGCCUCUCGCAUGAUCUUAGAAUUGUCCCUAUUAGAUAUUAAAUGCUUAAAGUAAAUUAUAAAAUUACAAUUUGAUUAGGUUUUCUUCUUCAUUAUUAGCCACCACUUCCAUACUCCUAGCUAUCAAUUUACUUAGAUCUCCUCAAGUAUUACCCUCAUCCUUACAUUAUAUUGAAGACUAAGAAGUAUUGAGAGAAUGUUUAUCUGAAUUUCUACCAGUGAUUUCACUUUUAAAGAGUUUUAACAUGACUGCAAUCAGAAGAAAGUAUUAACUUGAAAAGUUCAAUAAGAUUGCAGAUAUGAUCCUAUCCAUUCUACCUAAUUAAUAAUGAUU